AUGCUUGCAAUCUUUGAGAUGGUGGAUGCACGGCCAGACGCACUGUCCUUUGGAACCUCCCAAGGGACGGCCCAUAUAGCUGGUGUUCAUAUGAUCAUGAAGGGGUUCCCCUUUCCACAAACAAAGCAAUUCAACAACCAAGGAGAGCUGUGGUUUUACUUUUCCGUUGUCCUCAAUUACUUGCAGACUGGAGGCUCUUUUCCCCGGGAACUGGAAGGCUGGUCUCCACAACAGAUUGCAUCACCUACCAAUGAGGUUUGGGCGGCGUUCGAGUUGAUGGAUAUCUUUGUCAAGUUUGUUCGUCUGUGCGCCAGCCUUCCGCAUGGCCAAGCAGUAAGCGGAGAGGAGGGAGUCUUACGAGAGGCAGUAAAUCUGGAGACCGAGCUCUGGACCUGGAGGGACCGAGUUCCAAAAGACUGGUCUGUUACCAUCAAAGAGGCUGCAGACAUGCCUGGGACAUUUUGGGGCCAAUAUCACGUUUACCAGAACGCUUGGGCCCCUCGAGUGCUGAACCAUUACUACCUAGGCCGCCUGCUGGUCAAUGAGCUGAUCCUGGUAUACAUUGGCAAGCUGGAAGCGCCGAGCCCCGAAUGGACAGAGCAGAAAGAGCAGUCCCUGAGGGUGAUUAGCCAGCUGGCAACUGACAUCUGCGCUGGAAUUGCAAGCCAGGGCUUGAAAGAUAACCGCACUCUUUUAAGAGGAUUAAUCAUGACAAUAUAUCCUUUGAUGAUAGCCGCAAGUGCAACUGGGGUAUCGUACACCCUCCGUAGUUGGGUCAUCGGAAAGCUGGAGACCAUCGGUAACAGGUUGGGAAUCCGGCAAGCACUGGCCGCAAUCCCACGCAUCCAGCUGGCCGUCGCACAUGGAGUGCAGCCAGGCCUGUUGCCGAUUCUUUCCAUGCAGCAAUCACGUGUGGAAGAGAUUUCAUCAACACUGACAGGGUUGCCUUCCAGCAAGUGA